UUGGGCGAUUUGACACUGCAAUUGCAUACGACUACGGAUACCGAUGAAAGGUGAGCAUUUUUUGGCUGAAAUUCAUAGUUUUCCAUCAAAAACCCCUUAUUUUUGCAGUAAAUGGACGGACAAAGAAGUGGAUAAUUUACGAGAUGCGCUAACUCGUUUCGCUCACGAACUUGAUCAAAUUAGCACGUGUGUUGCUUCAAGAACCACGUGAGUUUUAUUUUUUCAGCGCAGAAUUUCAAGCAAAACUCGAUUUUUUUUCAGGAAACACAUUAAAAAUGAUAUCAAACGACGACAUUUGAUUGAGGAAAAUAAUCAGGUUGGUGCAUUUUUUGAAGAAAAAAAGAGUGGGAAAAUUCACUGUUUCGGAAAUUUUUUUUAAAUAAAAUGGAUACCAAAAGUUUACUGUUUCAAAAAAAUGUUGAAAUUAAUUUUUGACAAUUUUCUGGAAUUCCUUCUCUCUUCUUUCAAGAAAAAAUUCACUGUUUCAAAAUUUUCAUUUUGAGAUUCUAGAAACUUUUAUUCUGAUGAUCCUUCUGAUUUGGUUGAUUGCAAAAUUUUACUGUUUCGAAAAAUGGUUGAAAUUAAUUUUUGACAAAUUUCUGGAAAAAUUUUCAAAUCUGAUUUUUUCACUGUUUCAAAAUUUUGUUAUGAAUAAUUUGGAAAGUUUUCUGGAAUAUCAGUCUUUUUUUCUUACCGAAAAAUUCUAUUUCGCAAGUUUUUCUUUAAAUUACUUGAUCGAACUUUCCACGUGGCGAAAAUAACAAAUUUACACUAAAUUUUGCUUUAAAAAACUGCUGUUUCAAAAAUAUCCCAAAAAAAAUCAACAAAUUAUCAAGUAUUAAUUUUAUGUAUUUUCUAAAAAACCAUCCAAUUUUGAAAAUUAAAAAAUUCACUGUUUCAAAAAAUAUUUUUAAUUUUUUGCAGCAAGUCAAACGUAUGGCAAUCUCAGCAACAUCGGCCAGCGGAGCCUCGUAUUCGGCAAUUUCAACAAUGGGUCCCGGAACGACUGGAAUGCAUACCGUACCCCUGGCACAGAAACGCAUCGUUCAACCGACAACUAAAGUUUUGGCAACGAGAGUGAGUUUUUUUCUGUGGGAAAAAAUCUACAGUAAUCUAGAAUUUCCCCAUAUUUUUUUGCAAAAAUUUUCUUAUCACAAGAAAAAUUGACUCAAAAUGGUCACAAUGCCUUUUUCUGCUGAUAACCUUUCGGGAAAACUUUGACCAGUGAAAAAAGAGUUUUUGCGUAAGCAGACCUAAUUAAUUAAUGAAUUAUCUCGAAAAGAAUUGUUUAUUUGUGUCCCGUGAAAAAUGAUAAGAAAUUUUGAGCCAAUGAAAAAUGGGAAAAAGGAGAAAGUCACGAAGGACACAGAGAACUUUGGAAAGGUUUUUGAUUUUUGAAAUUUUGAAAAAUGAAAACUUGGAGAAUUUUUGUUUGAAAAAUUUGGAAAUUCAAUUUUUAGGGCGAAAUUUACAAGUUGAAAAUAUUCAUUUUUUUAGCCACUCAGCACAAAUCAAAAAUUCACUGUUUCAGGAAAAUGUUAUUAAAAUUUUGAAACGUAGAUUUUUUGAUUAAUUCUGUUUUGAUUAUCCAAAAUUAUUUUUGUUGAAAAAAUUAGAAAUGUUCGAAGCUUUUCUCAAAUAUCUGACAAAAAGUUGAAUUUUUCGGAAGAAAUUUUAAAAUUUUUUAUUUAGAAAAAUGUUCGAUUUUUAAGCCACUAGAGAAGACAUAGAUCAAAAAUUUACUGUUUCAAAAAAAUGUUGUUAAAAAUUUGAAACGUAUAUUUUUCGAUUCAUUUAUGUUUGCAUGGGACAAAAAUAUUUUUGUUGAAAAAUUAGAAAAGUUUUCUUUCGACAGAUAUUUUCGAAUUUGAAUUUUUUUUAGACGAAAUUUCAGGGUAUUUUUUGUUCAGAAAAUGUUUAAUUUUUAAGUCACUCGAGCAAAACACCGAUCGAAAAUUCACUGUUUCAGGAAAAUGUUAUUAAAAUUUUGAAACGUAUAUUUUUCUGAUAUUCUACUAGACUGUUCUAGGACAAUAUUUCAUGUUUUUUCUUCAGAAAAUAAUUCAAUCCACCCUGUACAAUUGAAAAUUCAUCAAAAUUUUACUGUUUCAAAAAAAUGUUAUUAAAAUUUUGAAACGUAGAUUUUUUUUUGUUCAGCCAAUAUUGUGCUUUUACAAAAAUUUGAAAUUUUAGGAUCAUUUUUCUUGAAAUUUUCUGAAAAUUAUCAAAAUUUUACUGUUUCAAGAAAAUUGCAUAAAAUUUUCGAACUAACAUUUCUCUGGUUCUGUUUUUUUGUAAUACAGAAAAAUUAUUUUUUCGAGCUUAAUAGUCUUUUUUUCUGACAAUUUUGUGAGAAAAUAAUUUUUUCACUUUCAACGAAAAAUGCACUGUUUUGAAAAUUUUAAGAACACGUCAAAAAGUGAAGUAUCAGAUUUCGCCGGAUUCACUCAACUUAAAUAUUUUUUGAAACAGUGAGAAAAAUGCAAAGUUGAAAAACAAAUUAAAAUUUGAGCAAAUGUCUAAUUUUCUCCCUUUUGCAGGCCGUCGUUCCAACCCGUUACACAGUCGGACCAUCAACCUCAGCUUCUCCCUCAAUCCUGAACAAUGGUGCAACAAUGCCACAACUUCAACAACAACAAACCGCUCGAUUAAUAACAACCACUGGAAAUUUGUCAAGUACAACUCGAUUGGCCGCCUCAAAUCUCGCCAAAUAUGCACCAACUACAGUAACCGCGAAACGUAUUAUUACCGCAACAAUUCCGCAACCAAAAACGAGUGUUGCGUCAGCACAACUUGUUCAAGAUUCGAAUGAUUGA